AUGACCUCAAAUGCCUCCUCCAAGAGCGCGAAUACCAUGCCCGCUGCUCAGGAGAUCGUAACAGAGCCUUCACUUCCGAAUCGAGCUGUCGAAUUAAACCCUGCUACACCAUCUGUCCAGACUGAGCCCGCUGCCUUAGGCGCGACCUCAAGUUCAGGGGUUAACCCGAUUGAGUCCCACCAAAUUCCCCCUCCUUUACCAGUUCAAGCAGUGAAUCACGCGCGGAACGAAGACGAGGUCUCAAUAGGGGAUGAAGAUUUGAUUCACGAAGCCAUGGGUCCUCAAAUCCCCCCUCUCACGUUCACCGUGGAUUCGGAAAUCAGGACGGAAGAGGCUCCCGCAGCGGAUCCCUUCAAAUUUGCUUCUUCAUUUUUAAUGCUGUACGGUAUAUCUACUUUGGAAGGAUUCUCAACUAUUCAAAACCUGAUAACCUCUAUUGCUGCGCGUCUUCGAUUAACGGUCAGACAAAUCUUCAGACUCUCCACUGAUCGCAAUCAGAACUUCUGGUUUGAGAUGGAUUCAGUAGACCAGGCACGGCAAAUGAGGACUUACAUGCACCACAGGAGGGAGGGCGACAGGGAACUGCUAGUCGCUUAUGCGGAUUAUGAAGACUACAUUGGAGCCCUCACACGUUCUUCCCGUAGAUGGCCGGAUUCCACCACGGCCACCGAAGAACAAAUGCCCUUCUCGACCCCUGAACCCACAGCUAGUUCUUCCUCUCGAGGAAGGGGUAUUAGGGAACGUUGCAGGUCUCGAGACAUCCGACUGCGGUCUCCUUCGACGGAUUGUUACCGUGUUAGUAGGAGAUCCUCUCCCCUACCUCGAAGGCGAUCACCCGUGCAUCCUGAUUACUACAGACGACGCUAUCUGCGAUCUCCCUCUCCUUGUUAUCGAGAAUGUGCCCCUUACCGCCAAUCUCGGUCUCCAGAAUACCGCUCGUCCCGUCCCUCGCGAGACUCAGUUCCAGUGAACUUACAGGUAAACCAGAAUAGUCCCGACUCUGCAGCCGCUUCCAACGCAAGCACAGGCGUAGGCAUGCAGAUUCCUCCAUUACCAGUACUACCUAGUGGACCUGCCCUCGUAGGGUUACCACACAACGCCCUGCUGCCCUUUGGCGUGAAUGUUGCCUUCAUGUGGUCACCCUCGGGCAACACCUUCAGUCCAGUCCUCUUGCAGGGUAACGCGACUAUAAUACCCUUUCCUAUGCCAUCAUCUGAGUCAACCCCUAGCGCCCUGUUACCAUGGCCAGUGGCGGCGGCGUUGCCUUCAAUGACCGCGCCUCCUUCCUUCACCCCUGCGCAGGUUACAGAGCCCUUAGCCUCCCAGAUCUCGACCACAAGACAAACACGGACUGAGUCCCCACCUCCCUCCCCCAGGCAACCGACUCUUAUGUCUUGUAUGACAGAAGAUCUGUCCGCCAGGUUGAGCGAUGCGACGCCUUCUGACCUAGCUGCUAGGCUCUCAGACUCCACUCAAUGUAUGCUUGCUGAUCGAAUGUCAGAGGAUUCACGUAUGGGAAGUCCUGUCGCCUGGAGCGGUCUCAUGCCUUGGGGUGGCGCAGUGCAGCCAACAUGGGCCCCAUUGGAGGCUCCACAGGAUCCGCACCUUACUCAGGAUUCAAUGGACGAAGAUCACGUUGAUCUGGAUGACGAGAAGGAACCAGACUACAAGAGGACGAAGAGAGGACGACGGAGCGGGCAGAAAAUUCAGGGCUACAGGAGACGGGACAAGGAACGCGAAGAACAAAAGAGGCGCCGUCGUUGCUGA